AUGAACUGGAUGGCAGCGACGUGCUGGGCUCUGCUGCUGGCCGCCACCCUCCUCGGCGACGGCGGCGAGGCCAAGGGCGGCCGCGGAGGGGCUCGCGGCAGCGCGCGCGGGGGGCGCGGGGGCGCGCGCGGGGUGCCCAGGGUGCGCGUGCGGCCGGCGCCCCGCUACUCGGGGUCCGCCCUGCGCGUGGGCGCCGUGGCGGCGGCGGCGGCGGCGGGGGCGGCGGCCGCGGCCUCGUCGGGCUCGGGCUGGAGGAGGGCCCUGGGGCCCUGGGAGAGUGACCCCGAGGGCGAGGACGCCGCCUCCGGAGGCAACAGGACGGCCGUCUACAGCUACUGGGCAUGGACGUCGGCUGCAGGGCCUACUGCGUGCAGCCUGCACCUCUGCCUGCUGCUUGGCGGCGCCCUCAGCGCCCUGGGGCUGCUGCAGCCCUAG